CCAUUGUACUGGGAACUCGGAAAAAACCGACCUUCGAUACGGAAAAGUGGACUGGAACGGUCAUUCAACUCGGAUUUCCAAGUCGGGAACUCAGGAUCCAUCCACCUUACCCGAAUUCUCUGAUAUAAACAAACCUGACGUCACAACAAUAUGGCGGCGCACGGUCAACGUGUUGGCAGACAGUGGAAUGAGUCUGUUCGCGGACACACAGAGGAGCAUACCUCUCACUGAGCAGCUGUACCAGGCAGCGCGCGAAGCCACCGCGUGCUACAUUGACGACAACAUGACCGAGAGAGUGACUGUGUAUGUUACUGAAAAUAAUCUGGAGGCAGAAACGUCUCCUUCAAUCGAACCCUUGCCACCAAAUGAGUCUUUUAAUAAAGAACAAACACGCUUUCUGAUUGAUUUGAUCCGCAACCAGUUGGAAGCAGAUGGCAGAGGUCUCCCGAGAACUUUUAAGGAGUUGAAUUACCGACUGAAGUCUGCCAAAGGCCAAAAGAAAAACUUGUGGAUGGAUAUGGCUAAUAAACUCUCCAAACACUUUAUGGAGACCUUUGACCCAAGCAAGGUGGCUAGAAAAUGGUACACCCUUGAGGAUGGUUACAAGAAAGUCCUAGAACAUAAUAGUACAAGUAGUCAAACAAAAACACGGUUCCAGUUUUUCACUGAGAUGGAAGAGCUGUUGGAUGGCCAUCAGGACAUUGACUUCCCUGCUGUUGGUACCGUGCAAGGUGUAGUGGGGCGCAGACGAAAGCCACUGAGUAUUGACUGUCAGAGAGACUCGUCUGCAGCAAGGCAAACAUCUACAAGGCCAGCUUCACCAACACAACCUCUCCGCAAGCGGAGAAGGACAGAAGAGGACUACUCCACUCUUCUGGACUUUUUAAGGGAAUCUGAGGCAGCUAGUCAGCGGCGCCAUGAGGAAAUUCUGGCCCAGAUGAAAUCUGCCCAAAAGGGGUUUGAGGAGCUAAUGCGCAAAUUCUUGGAGAAAAUGUGACCACCUGUGUCUGCACACAUGAUAUAUGCUCUGAGGUUUUGGUCAUACUUUAUUCCAUGUGUACUACUUAUUGUUUUCUUGUUCUUAUUUUUUUAGGUCCUAGCAUAGCCUUAAACAAUGUAAUGUAUGACUAAUUUCGUUGUGUGCACAUCAAUAGAUUUACAUUAUGUUCAUUGUUUUAUGCGCAUUUCAUGUUUAAAAAAAAAAAAAAAUCACCAAAUAUUACCAAAAAGGCUGUAGGAGUCAAGUUUGUAUUUAUAACUGUAACCUAUUCUAUGGUCAGGUUAAAUUCCUGAUCCCAUUCUGAAAACAAGAAGUAAAUGUGUUACGUUUACAAAAUUUUGGGUGCAUUGUGUUCGCUUUGAGGAUGAUUCCUCGGUAGAGUGCAGCAAAACAUGUAUUUUUGUAGGACAACCCAGAAGUUAGCAUCACCCUGGUUCCCUUGACAAAAAGCCAUUAGGAUUUUUCCAUUGGCUUUUGGAUUACUGCAGAAAAUAAGCUCUGUGACCAACAAAAGUUUCGAUUCUUAUACAUUUUGUUCAAGAUAAUCUUCACAAACGAACACAGCUUUCAUGAAUUGACGUCUAAAUACAAUCGCCAGAAAUCAUUUUAAAAAAACUGUCAUGACCACGAAGCUUUAUAGCACUACAAAUUGAUAAAUCUACAAAGUUGCAACGUUUGAGUUGGAAUAGUUUGCAUGAGCAUGAGUAUAAACACAACAAGGCUGUAGUAGAAGAGUUUUCUGGUUUGGCGUGAUGACAUUUAAUGACCCUGACAACCUCUACAGUGCCAUUUAACCACUUGUUAGCAAUCUCCUUUUUCAAGACACAUAAAAGCAUAACAACUUUUGUUAACAACAUAACAAAAUCACCAGUGGGGUAUUACCGAUGCGUGUUAUGUUGUAAAAUACAACAUGCAAAUAUCUUGAACUUGUGUUAACCACAGACCUUAUUUCGGUCAUUUAACCAAAAUCCCCUUAAAAAUACCACUAACUUCACAGCGAUGAAACAGUAAGUGCUAAAACCUCCUCUCCAGGCGUUAGGACUCUUAUAGCACUCUAUUUGAAAUGAUGUUUUGUGAGCUCUAGCCAGUAUGCAGUGAGCCCAUGUUAACGUUAAAUAAUUAUCCUCUCUGCAGCUAAUUAAUGCUUAAGAACAUAUAAUGAACAACAAAUGAAUAAUGCAAAAGAGUUUAAAUUACUUCUGUAGUAAAAAUGAACAUGCUCAAUACAAAUCUCAUGUUAAAAAAAAAAAAAAAAAAGUACAAA